AAAAUGUGAUUCCACCAGACAAACAAGAUGUAGCUGUGGAUACUGAACACAUAAUAAGGGAGGAUGUUAUUAGUAGUCAUGUUGAAAUGGGUGAUCAGGCUACCAGCAAUAAACCAGUAGAAAAUGAAAUCCAGUCGUCACAAACAAUCAGUGUUGUGAAUGAAAUCCUUUCCUUGGAGAAGUCAGCAAGCUUUAUUCUAGUUGAUUCCAUUCAGAUGUCAGAAUCACAAUCCAUUAGUAAGUCAUAUGAUACUCCACCUAAUCAUUCAGAAUCAUCAGCAAGUAUUAUUCAAGCCUCUGCAGAGAGCGUCAGUUUGGAGUCUGCAGAAACAGCAACACCCAUUUUAGAACAUGACCUAUCUUCUGGUAUUGAUAUAAGCAGUAUUACUGAUGUCACAGAAUCUUCCCCACAACCUACAGUUGUAGGUGAUGCACCCUCUCCUACCCCUGUAACAGCACCUCCUCAAUCAGCUUCUGAUACCCUCCCCAUCACUGAUGAGACAGAACCUGGUGGUAAACAGGAGGAAGACUUUCCCUCGUUCACGGAGUGGACACAGAAAGUUCUUGCUGAACAGGAAAAAACUAAACAAGAGAGCCAAUCAUCAUCCGGCCAGGCAAACACGGCAACAACCAGUCAGAAGAAGCUACGCAAUAAUUACGCCUCAAACUCCUGCGGUGCAAAAAUACUUGCCACAAACCCGGAAGCUGAGAAUGUUAAACAUGUUUUAACAUCAAAUAAAGAUGAAUAUAUGAUUAAUCCAUGUAGUGCCAAAAAAUGGUUUUUAGUAGAGCUGUGUGAACCUGUCCAAGUUAAAAUGGUGGAAAUGGCAAGCCUCGAACUUUUCUCUUCUCAACCCAAAUCUUUUCGAGUUUUUAUAAGUGAUAGAUAUCCGGCAAAAGAAUGGCAGUCAUUAGGUGUAUAUGAAGCUAAAGAUGAACGUGUUAUACAGACAUUUCAUACAACUAACGAUCAGUUUGUUAAAUAUAUUAAAGUUGAAAUGAUUGAACAUUACGGAAACGAACAUUUCUGUCCUAUCACCUUAUUCAGAUUAUAUGGUUUACCUAUAGCAGAUGAUGAUGAGAAUGAUAAUGAUGAACAGAAUUUACAAACAGAAACAGAUAUAGAAUCAGGUAAAUUAGUAGAAAAUGAUGAAGAGGAAAAUAAAGAUGGGGCAAGAAAUUUAUUUAUGAGUGCUAAAGACACAGUAGUUAAUCUAGUAAAGAAAGUUUUAAACGUUGACGAUGGUACGAAAAAAGAUUUGGAUCAAGAUAAUAAUAUAACUGGUCUUCAUGUUGAUUCGAAUAAAAAUCUAUCCGCUGAUGGUACUAUUUUACCAUGUGUUCCUGUCAUUUUGUCGGGGAGUGAAGAUGAAUUACCAACUGUUUUAGUUCCUACACCUACUAUAAAAGAAACAACAGUUGCCACAGGUUCGGAGACUGUUGACGUGCCAAUUGUAACCAAGUUGGAUGAUGACGAACAGAUACCAAGUAGUCAUAUAGAUAAUGUCAUGUUAGACAUACAUCAAUGCUUUAAUGUUACACCAACUACUUCAUCGCAUAAACUGCUUUGUUCUUAUAUCAACACAAUGCUAAUGCUGAGAUCAUCUGCUACACCAGUCUGUUUGAAAGAUGAUAAUAUCGUAAGUUCUCUAUCAGAUGAACAGACAACACAGGUUGACAUGGUUACCACAGAUAAACCUUUUGAACGAAUUGUCACUAGUUUGAAAGAGGGGUCAAUCGAAUCGAAUUUGGAUAGGUUUGUCGAAACACCAGAAUCACAAUCAGAACUUUUCGAAUCCAUGCAAACUGUUGCAGCGGAAGAUGGUUCUACACAAACUAUGUCAUCAAUUGAAUCAAGUCGGCCAUCAGAUAAAACACCUUCCUCUAUUCUAACUGAGGAUAUUGCUACACAUUCUGAAAGUCCUGUGGUGAAUGAUCAUACAAGUCUUGAUCUAUCUGUAUCUCAGACAUCUGACCAAGGGGAAACAACUCCAAUUACUCUAGAACCAAGUAGCACAGAUAUCGGAGCACAGAAAGUUGAAGAAACUGAGACAAAGACAAAAGUUUUGGAUAUCACUAAAACUACCUUGGAAGGUUUGGACAUUGUGGAACAAACAAAAAUGGAGUCUAAAGCAACCAGUGAUAUUUUAGAGCCCACAACUAGUCAGCUCUUUCCAGAUGCAAUAUCACCAACAAUAGAAGUAUCUAAAACAGAGACUGUUAUGUCCAGUCACAAGGUUGUUGAGCCAGCAACCCCGAUUGUUAAACCAGUGGUAGGAGUAGGUGAAAAAGUGCUGGAAGUAACAGACAAAGAAUUGAAAAAACCCAAAGAUCUAGACUUGGUGAAAGUACCGCUAGGCUCAAUAGCGAAAAGAGAAACAGCCAUUAUGAGAUUAACCAAUCGAAUUAAAGCUUUAGAGUUGAAUGUGUCACUGAGUAGCAGGUUUCUAGAAGAAUUAAGUCAGAGAUUCAAGAAACAGAAUGAAGAAAUCAUGAAAUUGAUGAAUAAAACAAUCGCCAGGUUGAAUAAUUCUACCAGAGAGUCGGAAAUACAUGAUAUCCAACAACAAAGACAGUUGGAUAUUUUAGAAUCUAGGAUCGAUAAUUUAACGUCAAUUGUUGAUAACCUGGCGAAAAACAUGGAGGCCUUGACUAAUAAGAUCUCUGAUCGUCAAAUGGUCUGGACAUCUGUGGAGUUUGUUAUAUUGAUGAUCGUAUGUGUCGUAUGUUUGUUAAGGGGACGACCAGUUACUAUUAGUCCAGAAUUAAAACAACUUCUUGAAACGAUGCCAAAACAACCUAAUCCAACCAUGUUGCAGAGAAGAAACUCUGUGGACAUGGGAGCUAUGAGUCACAAUCGACCAGCUUCCACUAUACGUAAAAAUGCUAGUGAAACAACAUUAGUUGAUCCGUGCCUGGUUAAUUCCACUAAUAUAACAUCACAUCCUGAGACACAUUUGUUGAAGGAAGGAGUCCGUCGCAAAAAGAAGAAAAAAUUCAAAAGUGUUGAAUCAAAAUCCACAACUUUUUUACACGAGAAGAGCAAACAAAAGGAUCAAUCAUCGCCUGUGGAGAUUAGUCGUGAGGCAGGAAUAUUGUUUGGAGCAGAUGCUGUUAAUACUUUAACUGGGUUGGGAAUACAAGAAGUAGAUCCUGGACCAGUAUCAUCUAGUUCUAGCACAGUCAGUCUACCAGCUCAAUGUAGUCCCCAUCCUUUCAUUGAGAGCUGCAAAGAGAAUGGAAACAGCAUUCAGCAAGUUGAAUCCCAAAAGUAUUACUCCACUAACAAAUCCUCUGUUGGUAUCCGAACUAGUGGCAAACAGAAAAAACACAAUCGGCCAUUAAGUAAUGGAACAUCUGAUAUUAUAAUAGAGACUAUAAAACCUGUUCUUACAAAGCAAAAAGAGGAAAGAAAGCAGAGUUUGCCGUCCGAGCUGAAUUCGUUGAAAGAAAAUCGCGGCCAUAAAUCUCGAGUAUCCUGGCUGUUUUGAUCGUAUUUUUAAAUGACAUAUUAAAUGUUCAAUAUCUUUUAUAUACACAAAUUGUUUUUAAAUAUAAUAUUUUUAGAGACAGUGUCAAAUGUUUAUUUUAUGAGAAAUUAAUCUUUGUAGUACAAGAAUUAAUUAGUUUUACUCAAUUAGGUCAUGAACAACAAGUGCUGUGGAAAUUGUUACAAGUUAAAAAAAAUCCUGUAAAAAUGACUAACAUGGAAUUUCAAACAAAAUCUGGGAAAAUAACCCACCUCUCUGGCAUAACUAUAAAAAAACCAUAUGGGUCAUUCUUUUAAUGAGGGGUCCAAUUGACAAUUCAUACACAUCAUUGCUCAGAGCAACAAAAACACCCAUUUUCUGAUCACCAAUUGUUGAAAAAAGUAAUUGAUCAUGUAAUAUGUACAAUUAUUAUCCGAUUUAAAAAAAACGUGUGAAUAUAUCACUAUUACACCAAAACUGACGGACAAAAUGGCCGUCCCUUGUAUAACACAAAUGCUGUAAAUAUGUGGUAUAUCAAGGUUGUAAACCCUCUUAGAGGCCACAAUUUUUUUCCAAUUUUGAUGCAACUUUAAAUUUAUGCUUAUAUCACAAAGAUCUUGGUUCUUUUCAAUAUUCGCUCAUAUCAGAUCGUAACUUUGUGAUUGUAUGAAAAUCGUGUUUUAAGCUUGUUGACCCUAUGGAAGUCACAAUUUUAUUCCGAUUUAAAAAAACGUUUGAAUAUAUCACCGUUAAUCCUUAAUGACGGUUGAGUUUGAAUUUCGUGAAAAUCAGACAAAAACUGCUAGACAAAAUUGCCGCCCCUCGUUCGCAAACAGUCUAAAAAUAUGGUAUAUCAAGGUUGUGGACUCUCUAGAGGUCACAAUUUUCACCCAAUUUUGAUGAAACUUGAAAUACAUGUUUAUAACCCAAAGAUCUUGGUUCCUAUCGAUAUUCGCGCAUAUCGGAUCGUAACUUCUUUUACAAAACAUCACGUUUUUAGCUUGUGGUCCCUUUAGAGGUCACAAUUUUUAUCGGAUUUAAAAAGAACGUGUGAAUAUAUCACCAUUACACACUAAGAUCUUGGUUCCUAUUGAUAAUCGCACAUAUCCGAACGUUAGAAAAAAUAAAAUUUCGGGAAAAUUGAAAUGAAACUGCCCAACAAAAUGGCCGCUCUUCGUGUAAAAAAUAUGUAAUACAAAAGUUGUGGAGGUCACAAUUUUUAUCCAAUUUUCAUGAAACUUAAAACAUAUCUUUAUAUCCCAAAGAUCUCGGUCUCUUUUGAUAUUUGCGCAUUUCAGAUAUAACUCACUGGUUGUGUUACGUUUUGGGGACAUUUUGUACUUAACAUUUUAAUAACUGGACCAUGUUGAGCACAGAGAAUCUAAGAUUCCGUUUACUAAGUUUGCAUUUCUAAACCAAAUAGUGAGUAAUCUCAAUUGGAGAAUUUUCAUUCGUAAAUUUUUGUGCCCCUAAUAUUUAUGUUGUAUUAUUGUCAUUUUAGCCACAAUCUUUCUUUGAAAAAUCAAAACAAAAUGUUUCAUCUUAAUCCCAGUUUGGUGAAAUGGAAAUAAAUAACAAAUUCUGAAAAUGUAAUUAGAUGUAUUGUUUUAAAUUGUCUGUGUAAAUUUUAUUAGCUUUGGGAAUAUUGGAAAUUCAAGUCCCUCGUUUAUUUUAUGAAGUGCAAGUGUAUCCCGAUUGUAACGCCAUCUACUAGCUGUGAAAUAUGUCACAGAGAGAUGUUUAUUUUAUGGUCACAUGAUAAGACAUACCUGAAGCAGACGAUGACCCAGCGAAGGGAUAUUUUUUUGAAUUAGUUCGAAUCAAAGUUUAGCUUCACUGUAUUUACGUUGUUAACGAAAUUACAAUGUGAUGUGAAUUUACCUCCUGCAUAUGACGCUAGAUGUUGAACGUUAUAAUUGUUGAGUCCAAAACAACAGUAUUUUUCCAUAGGCACCUUCAUUAGAAGUCUAAGCAGAAAAAGACCCAUAUGUAAGUCUCAAAACAAUCAAAUGUUAUUAGUUUGAUGAGGUUUUUAAAAGCAUUAUAUUCCUCUUCCAAUUGUUGUAUUGACACUGUCUCUAUAAAUAAUUUCCAACAAAUUAUAUUUAAAAUGACUAGUCAUUUGUUGAUAUACUAUGUAACUAUGGUAACACAUACAUGAUCUACUGUAAAACAAGAAAUUAUUGCUUAUUAUUUCGGGUGGCCCAGAAAACACGAUUACACUAUUCAAAAUGAAAUAAUUCAUAAAAUAUUGUACCUAUAUCAUUCAUAUUUCACAUGUCAUACAUGUGUGACAACUGCCCUCCAAAUUUCAGGCCGACUACUCAAAUAGUGUUAACUUAUAGUACAAGUUUUAAAAAAGAAUGUCAAAUUAUCUUUUGCUGGACUGAGAAAUCACAUCACACUCCCAUCAGUUUACAUAAAAACUGCCCAUUUUGUCUGAAUUGUAUCCGUCAGUUCAUUUUCAGUAAAUAUUUUCUUCUGCUUUCAUGAACCUUUUCUGAGAGACUGCUGUGGUAGUAUGGCGUCCACUGAUAUUUAUUUAUAUGAAGUUUAAGCAAAAUGGCCAGAAAUAAGCUCUGACAUCUGAUUCUAGGUGAAAAAAGGCACUUAGUGCAAGCCAGGAACAUACUGACAACUUGUUUAUGUAAACUGAGUGUGAGGUGACUUCUUGGUCCGGCAAAACAUAACUGACAUUCUUUUUUAAACCUUGUAAUAUGUUAACAUUAUUUGAGCCAUACAGCUACAAUUUGCAGUCGGACAAUAGGGUCAUUCCAUGACAAACCACACCAAAAAAUGCAUUUUGACUGAAAAGACUAAUGAUCUGAAUUUUAACUAGAUCAGUCCAACAUUCCCUGUUGGUCAAAAUUGGUAAAAUGGGUAAUUCUACAAGGAUUCAAAAUAUGCCAUACAUUUUGACUUAGGAGUGAUGACUGCUUAACUUCGUCGCCUACAUGACCUGGACAUGACUUUUCAUUAAAAAAUUAGCCCUACAUAUGUUUUCUACACAAUGUCAAACAAGGUCAAGCAGUCAACCGUCUUUAAAACAUACUGGUAGAUUUGGAAUCCUUGUAGAAUUACCUUUUCGGAUAUACCCAUUUUAGCAAUUUUGACCGAGUGAAUGAGCCUUUAUCUAAGAAACCGUAGUCUGAUCAUGCUAAAAUUUGUAAUAUCAGCCUUCUCAACCAAAAUAGGCAUAAUAUAUAUAUAUUAUAUUACAUGUAUUUAAAACCAAAUUUCAGCAAAAUCAAAUCGCAUAUGGUUUACUUGAUUGGGUGAUUUGACACGGAUUGACCCAAUAGCAUUAAUUUCAUGCCGCCAGGAAUGGUUAUUUUACUGUAUGAUAAUAUAUGUUGAUAUUGGCUAACACAGAAGUGUAAUAUAUCAAUAUAUCAUUAGUUAAUAUCUUCUAUUUCUAUAUGUCUUUCAAUUAAUUGCUUGCUUUAUGUCUGUAGUCAAAAUAAUCAAAAUAUGAAAGUGCAUUAUUAAUUAAGCAACGAACUGAUUUUAUUUUAUUUUAUGUUUCUUUCUUUUGUUUUUCCUGGCUGCAAUAUCAUGAAUUUAAUUGAACAAUUUAUUUUGUAUAUAUAUAUCAUGAAAUCAAUUGUGUGUGCUUUUUAGAUAUAUAUGUUUUUUUGAAAUGAUAAAAAUUUUCAGUGUUUGAGAACUUUUAUGAUCUUGUGGCCAGGGGCCUGUUUCACGAAAUUUUAAGUAAGAUAAAAUCCAAAUUUUAGUAAUUUGAUUGUAUAAUAUUACAUUGAUUUUAGUGCUUAGCCAAUCAAAAUUGAAGUAUCUACUAAAAUUUGGAUUUUGUCUUUAGUUAAGAUUUCGAGAAACAGGGCCCAGAUUUAGAAACUGGUUACUAGUAUAUACAGAAAGGUUUUGCUAUAACAUUGGUGUUGGUAUUCUCUAACUAUACUGAGACAAUUAUAUAUUAUACACUAUACUAUAAUACUGUUAUGUUUUGCUGAAUAGGUCUUGUCGAGACCAUUUUAUAUUAUACCCAUGUUAAGCCUCCCAAAAAAUAAUACCUAUGGGGUGGGUAAGAAGGGAUAGAACUGAACUAAUAAAGUAAUCAAUGGAAAAGUCACUUCAGUAACUGUCACCCUUAAUUAUCCAGGUCAAUCAUGUCACAUAGGUAGCCUCAAUUUACGUGGAUCCCAAAAAUUUGCCAAUCUCAUGAUUUGAAUUGUUCUGCAAAAAACACGCCAAGAUUGAUUUAUAGGACCCGAAAAAAAUGGGCGGAAAGAGGUGUAGGCUCGGUGAUUUUGGCUUCUUAAGAAAGCAGUGGUUGGGUAACCGCAAACCACCUUAUAAAGAGACUUUUAUUUAUUACGGUUAUAGUCAGAAUCGUAUAUUAUAUACUCAAGAGUUCACAAUAAAACUAAACCCAUGUUAUAGCAAGCACAUAUAUAUUUUACACUAGUACUUCACACGGAUGACACUUGCGUUAUAACAAAACCUUUAUAUGUUAUAUAUAAGGGUUUCACUAUAAGCUGAUGGUGGAGUUGGUUGUCAGACCUUUAAUGUAUUAAUGUAGAUUUAUUUAUUUUCUCUGUGUUUGUAUUGUGCUGUCUGAAGGCCUGAUUUCUGUACAUUUAUUUAAUUAUGAUAGGAUUUAAUAAUCGUCCUCUACUAUUAUCAGGCAUCAAGGUCAUUUUGUCCCACAAAAGACUUGACCAGCAAAACACUUCUACCUGGGUUGUUAAUUCUUCAACCUAGGUUCAACUAAACACUGCAGAAUUGGAUCACAAAAAGUGGUCACUUUUAAGAAAUGGAGUAAAUAAGCUUCCAUUCCCUUGGUAAUUUGUUAUGUAGCAUAUCGUAUUCUGAAUAAUAUUUAUGAUUACCACAAAAACAGGUACGCCAUGCACAUUAUUUUCCAUUAAAGUACCAGCAUGAAGCUCAUGUUAACAAAUACCGGUCUUCAGUUAUUCAAUAGAAACUGAAGUAAUAUCUUCUUUAUAAAAAGACUGUUUUAAUCACUUGUAAAAAGACAUAGAAGACUUCCAAGUAUUAUCAGGUCUUGUUUGUUGUUCCCACCCAGGAAGUGUGUGCAGUUUUCACACCAAAUUUAGCCUUUUUACUAUAGCUUUCGUAGUAUGCAAUGCCUUAUAUGGUAUAGAGCUGUAUAUAGUAAUAGACUUCAAAGCACUGAUUGCCAUGUGAGGUCGUGGGAGAAUGCCACUAUGCAAUGCCUUAUAUUGUAUGGAACUUUAUAUAGUAAUAGACUUCAAAACACUGAUUUCCAUGUGAGGUCGUGGGAGAAUGCCAAAAUUGCCGUGAAUUUCAAAACAGGGUCUUGACUAUAAUAUGAAUAAUCAGUAAGCUUCUAGAAUAACAGGAUUAUCAAAAUUAUCAGUAAAUAUGCUUAUUACUUAAAUCAUUAACUGAAAGUGGCUACAUUCAUCACUUGGAAUAUUCUCCCAAAGGUAUCAGCUGACAAUUUGACUUCUUAAUUUGACAUCUAUAGUAAUAGGUAGAUCGAUAAAUAAAAAUAUUAUUAAAGAUGCAUCAUCAUUUACUAUAAUGAAUAUUGUAAAAAAUUUAAUCAAAUUACUAAAUUCUUAGCAAAGUUAUGAGUGUUUGAAGUUUUGACAAGAUAUAGCAUAAAUAGUCUUGAUGCCAAGUACCAUUGCUAUGAUAAUAAAUAAAGUCAUAAUGAUUAUUUUUUUAAACAUUAAAUUAUUAUUUGGCGCAAAAUUUCUAACCAUCCGAUGGUCUAGAGUGUUGACUAUGGGCUUGGCAUGUGAAUAAAUGUCUAAAUAAUAAUUUAUAUAACAUUUGCAGCCAGGAAAAAGACCUGCAAUACCUAGUAUGCAGAUUUAGCUCUUGCAUAAUGCAUCUUUAAUACUGGACUUUGGGUGUUAUAUACUGUUAGCAUAGGUGGCAUCUUUGACAAGUCAUUAUAUGCCGUUGACUGACAACCAGGCACACAUUUCGGACAUAUGCAGACAAAACAGUACCACAGGAUGUAACUACCUAACUCAAGGUGUUAGAUGAAAUUGGCCAUGUUGAUGAAAGGGUUGGUGGGAUGAAUACUACCCAGCGUGAAAGAAUCCAGGCUAUAGCAGUAUAGGAAACAUAAUUUCCUGAAAGUGAUCUGUGUUUUGAUUGAUGACAAUUACUAAAAUCGUGAUUUUAAUCGAAAAUCAGUUUGGGAGAUGAAGGUUUUCUUGGCCCCAGACCUGGAUCUUAUGUUUUAUGUUUGUUGUGUUGUUUUUUUUGAUCUUGCAAAUCCAAGUUUUCUUUAAUUUUAUUUUUAUUUAACUCUUUACAUAAGUGUAUAUUUCUAUUUUUGCUUGUAUAAUCUUUGACCUGUAUUCAGACUUAUGUGAGAAGUGCCAUAUUCAAACUUCUUAAAGUUUCACCAUCAAUUUUUCUUCAUUGAUAUUCAUCUGAAAACUGUCAUUAGAGGUUGAAUUUGCAAAUUAAAUAAGUUUGAAUCUUUAAAUCUUUUUUCCACGUAUAUAAUUUUACAUUUUUUUUGCCAACCAUUUGUUACAUGGAUGAGGGUUUUGUAUUGAAAAUGAAGCACAUUAGAUAAUUCAAUAUAAAAACUCUGUUAUUUAACUAUGAUUAAAAUAUACACAAUGACAGAUUAUUUAAAAUUACAUGUGAUAUUAUUGUCAUUAUUAUUAUUAUUAUCAUUACAAACUUAUCCCAGUGAUUAUUAUUAUGGUUAAUGUCAACAGGGGAGAUUUCUAGUCACAAUAAUCAUCACAACUAUCAAGUGUUAUAGUAAAAUAAUAAGUGUUAUAGUAUUUACACUUCACUCCUAUGUCAACUGACUCUUUAUAAAGUUAUAAAGUAUUACAUAGCAGCUAACAAACAAAGGAUUUCUCUGUUAUAGUUUAAUAUUAUUAAGAUAUAAUGUUUCAGGUUUUUGUUUCAAAUAUAUUACUAGAUAAAACCAUUUAUAUUUAAGAUCACGGUUUUGUAAAUUUGUUGUUGGUUUGAAGAAAUAUUUAGCCAAUUUCACAGCAAUUAUGUUUAUGGAAUCUUUUUUCUGGAAUUUGGUUUACAUUUUCCUGUUAAUAAAUUUGAAACUAAAACCAGAUAUAAAAUAUAACCUAUCAUCAAGUGGUCAAAACUUAUUGUUCAUUUUGUUGAUUUUUUCUUAUUGUUAAUGUAAAAAAAUAAAUAAGAGAAAAUUGUUGUUAAAAUUAUUUAUUGAAUUGUAACAAUGCAACAUAUCAGUAUUUGAUCCAAAAAGAUAAAAUAAAUUAUGUUAUAGC